UUUAAAAUGGCUUCCGAGGUUUCUCAGUUGAUAGAACUCCGUGACAAGCUUUCAGCUGGUGACGACAUCUUUGAGACAUUGGAAGGACUCAACACGUUGCUGGAGAGCUGUCCUUCUAACUCUGAAGUGCUUCAAAUCUCCACAAUAAUCGGCCCACAGCUAAUUUUUUAUCAUCUCUCGGGAGAUCAGGAACCGGAAACCCUAAACGUUGCCUGUGCUGCAUUAUACAAAAUGCUAAGUGCCUUCCCUCUUCCUCAAUUCCUGAAACUAGCCCAAGAGAUUGAAUUAGGGCUACAGCACCCAGCGGAGCCCGUCCGUCAGCUAUGUCUCAAGCUACUCAACCAGAAAAUCUCGUCUUCACCAUCGUUCCACCAAAUUGCCCUCCAGUCGACCAUGUUCCACUUAAUCACGGUGAUUAUCGGAGAUGCGGUACUAGCCUGUGCACAAUUAGCAACAAACAUCAUAGAAACACUGUUUAAAAACUCUCCGUCAAUUUUUACAACUCCAGGGACACUUAGGGACGCUUUUGUAUUAGAUCUUCGUUCUCUCGUCUCUAAAAGUGACGUCAUUAGGUUUCGAGUGUACAAUCUCUUAGUCCGUCUCUCUCUCCUUUCUCUUGACGUCCUACAAUUCAUUCAGGAAGAAGGUUUUAUUAGUUCUUUAAUAGCCGAGCUAGAAUCUGACGAUAUCCUAAUUAAUUUAAAUUGUCUCGAGCUGUUGCAACAGUUGGCAGAGUCUGAUGGCGGUCUGGAAGUGAUAGCUGCUGCAGAUAUACUGAAGAAGCUUCACAGUAUUCUAGAAGGGAAGGAUAACAAUCCUUUGGCAUCAAUGAUAGUUCCAGGUAUUAUUAAGUUCUUUGGUCAUUACUGUCACUUAAACACCAUAACCACAGCUACUGUAUGUACCCAGUAUCCAUUAUUCCUAGAGACAGUCUUAGAAGGAAUCACUUCCCCAGAAGAAGAUACCCUCUGGGGAGUUGCUUUGGACACUUUUGCUCUUUUGUGUUCAACUCAAAAAGGAAGAGAAGCUCUGACUGCUAAACCAGAAAAGGUAAACCUUGUAAUAAAGGCCAUCGGAGGGUUUGUGCUUCAAUCCAGAACCGAGUUACGUGUACGUAGCCUUGAAGCCUUUUCUCGUAUAUUGUCAUGUGACGAGGGUCUGUCUGAUGAUGAUGAAGCUUCUAUCAGUUAUAAGUGGGUAUCUAGUGCCUUGCCUGGCUUCAUUUCUGUAGCAAUGACAAUCGCCAAGCAACCCUUUCCGGACUUACGUUACGCCUCUCUCUCCUUCUUACUCAGUGUUUCAAGCUGGAAAUGGGGCCAGAAAGAAAUGAAGGCUUGCCCAGGCUUCGUAGAGUAUUUACUGGAUCGUAAAACCGAAGGAGAUAAGAAAGGCAAGGAGAUGAAGUAUGAUAUCAUAAAGGCUAUGGCCGACUCUCCAUACUGUGAGGAGACCAUGGACGGGCCAGUGUACCUCAAACUGAAGCAAUACGUGAGGGAGGGACCGUUUUAUGUAGUGACCGAAUCAUCCACCGUAGCAGUGGAAGAAUCUUAACAAUGAGCAACUAUAAUAGCUUUCUAUUAGUUCAAUUAUAUUUAAUCAAUUGUGUGGGCGGUACGCCCAUGUACAUGUGUAUCAAAUGUUGCUUAUUCAUCAGAUAUACGCAUGUCAUC